AUGAUUCCUUCAAGUCUUCUCGCCAUAUGUGCUGCGAGUUUGGCUAUCGGGUCUCCAGUCCCUGGAAUAUCUGAGGCUGUCCAAACUUUGGAUCAACCGGGCCCCCUAUCUGUGAACAACGUCGUUGUUGUUGAGGAUGCCACCGGGAAAUCCUCCCUCCCUAUUCUCCCAGCAGGCGAAUCAGUGCAGUCUCCCGGGCCAAACAAUGGCCAAUAUAGCAUGCAACGAUCUAACGUGUCAGUUGCCACGGCUGACACGGCCAAACUAAAGCGCCGAGAUUUCAGGGCCGACAUAGGGUAUUGCUCAAGAGAGCUUGACUACAGAUCGGGUCAGUGUAUCAACAUGAUCAACGCCACGCCUUACCGCUGGCGCAAGGGGUACUAUCACUCCUACCGCAUGAGCGCCUGGGAGGAUAGAUGGCCCGAGUACAUCGAGCCCGGCGAGUCCAUCGCUGUUCUCGCAAGGCCGACCAACAACGGCCUGUUCGACUCGUUUGAAGAUUCCGCCGGUGAGGUCGCCUACCACAUAGAGGGCACCAGCAAGCCCAUGUCCUUCAUGCUGGAAUCUCGAUCCGGGAACCCGCACUACCCUUGGAUCCGGCUCCUUGAGGACCUCGAGGUCAUGAACCACCACAAGGGGGCCGAGUUCAAUCUAGGAGCGAGAAUAUCACCGUUCCGAGCGUGCCACGGCGCCCUGAGGGACGGGACCUUUUGGGGGACUCUGGGUGAGUGGUUCGACGAGCUCAUCGAGCAGACGAACCAGUUCAACGAGGACUACCCCGGCGAGCUCAUAAUCUGGGACUUUCAUCCGACUGAGGCCUUCAGGUACGGCGGAAGAUGGGGCGGAAAAGGAAAAGGAGAAAACGAGUGGACCUUCGAGAAGAAGGAUUACGGGUAUCUUAGCGGGGAGGGCCGCGCCGAGUUUCUUGAGAGCCUCAAGGCCUUGAACCAUCGCGUCGUUCUCCCGGAGGGUGUGGAUAUCACGAAGGUGCCGCUCAACAAGUUCAUCAACUCAAAAGACAAAAAGCCCGCCGUCAUCAUCCGGGUUGAUGAGCGGUGGCUCUGGGAUGUGGACCCGGAGGAUUGGCCGGGUCCAAGUGAAGGGUUCGUGACGAACAGGGAGUUUCCCAUGACAUCGACCUGGUCCGAGAAGGAGAGGAUCGAGGACGUGGCUGAGCAUCAGCUUCGGAGAUUGGACGAAGUCGAGGUGUCCCGGACCUCGGAGGUCUAUGACAUGCAGUGGCUCCAGACGCUCGUGGGGAUCGAUGCGAUCUGGCCACUCGGUGUCUCUCUCAUCUCCAUGGCCAAUGAGGCUUGGGAUGCGGCAUUCAGAGAUUUGUUCAAUGCGCUCACGCCGGAUCGUUAUCCUAACUGGUUAACGGUGGACGGUAUCAAGAACUCGGAGCUGAAGACGCUGGUGAUGGCGAUGAAUCACUGCUUCGUCCUUGACAGGUGCGGGGAUUGGGUGAAUGAGAGACGAUGA